CAGAAAGAGCAGAUAUGGAGGCCUACUGCUGCGGAAUCAUCUCCUUUGCUAGAAUUCCAGCAAUUCCAAAGAGAAUUCAUUUCCCCAGUGACAGCAACCACCACCAUUUCUACCCAUCCAGGAAAUAUUCGACCACCUCUCGUCUCACCUACGUUAAACCACUUGUUUUCAGAGGGCAACCACAACCCAACACUGGAUUAUCUUCACAAUGCGGCAAUCGAACAGAGCUUUUACCUGCCAGUGACGACGAUAAUGGCGAUCUUGAUUUUAUUGUGGUGAAUUUUUAUAGCUUCAAUUUUAUUAAAGACCCAGAAGAGGAAGUCGCCAAGCACCUCUCCUUCUUGGAGGGUCGAGACAUUCAUGGUCGAAUAUAUUUAAAUGAACAAGGGAUCAACGCUCAGUACAGUGGGCCAUCAAAAGAUGCUCUUGCAUAUGUUGAAUGGUUAAGAGAAGAUGAUCGGUUUUCUGACAUACUGGUUCAGAUAUCUCCAGCGUUAAAUGGACAUGCCUUUCCAAAAUUGAAGCUUCGUUAUAAGCCUUCACUAGUGCAGUUGGAAGGCGGCAUUUCACAUCUUCCUUUGAUUGAUCCAUCAAAGCGAGCAACACCUCUAGCACCAUCUGAAUGGAGAAAAAAAUUGGAAGCAGUACAUGAACUUGAUGAUGCAUCAAAUUCAACAUUUGACAAAAACUACGUUUUAUUGGAUGUGAGAAAUGGUUAUGAGUGGGAUAUUGGCCAUUUUGAAGGGGCUCGGCGACCUGAUGUGGACUGCUUCAGGAGCACUUCGUUUGGGUUAAGCCCUGAAGAGGUCACUGCUUCAGAUCCUUUAGCAAAUAUUGAUAAAGAAAAGACAAAUAUAUUAAUGUAUUGCACAGGAGGUAUUCGUUGUGAUGUAUAUUCUACAAUUUUAAGACAACAGGGCUUUCAAAAUUUGUACACUUUGAAGGGAGGGGUUUCUCAUUAUCUUGAGAAAGAAGGUCCUCAAAAGUGGAUCGGAAAUUUGUUUGUUUUUGACUCCCGUCUUUCUCUUCCCCCUUCUACCUAUAAGAAAGAAGCGGUGAAGGAAGCAAGCAAGACUCGACCAACUUCUAAGAGCAAUUUACUUGCAAGCUGUUACAUAUGUGGCUCACCGGUCACAGAGUUAAGGCAUCGCAACUGUGCCAAUAUUGACUGCAACCUACUUUUUCUGUGCUGUAUUGACUGUGUGAAGGACUUCAGGGGAUGUUGCUCUUUGAACUGCACAACUGCCCCUCGACUUAGACCUGUUCUUCUGGGGCAUCAGAGAUACGAGAAAUGGCAUAUAUAUCGAGAUUCAAAUAUGCAAACCGAAUUGACAGUUUGAUGCAAGAAUCCAUAUCAUCAAAGAUUGAAAGCAGGUCCACUUAUUGAAGAAGAAAAACAUCUUUGGAAGAUUCAAAAGAACACUCAAGGAAAUGGGAGAAAAGCAGAAGCUGCUAAUAGGAAGUAAUUUGUUACCGUAAAGGGCGGUGUAGUGAUCAUUGUGCUCAUUAUCCUGCUCCAUGUUUGGGCUCGAGUCCUGACCUGCCUGGAUGGUUGCAUACUUGCAUCCACGGAAAGUUUCCGCAUUAUAUAAAUUUCCUCUUUAAAUAUUUCAUAUGAGUUUAAACUCAGAAAAUCUAAUAUAGAUCUAAACUUUGACUCUCA